AUGGCCUACGUUAUGUUGUAUGUAGACGAAAUCAUCCUCAUCACCUCCACUCAGGUCCUCCGCCAAUCAAUUAUGUCACUCUUAGCAUCUGAGUUUACAAUGAAGGAUUUGGGCCCUCUGAUUUACUUUAUGGGUAUUGCAGUAUCUCGUCAUCCUGAUGGCAUAUUUCUCAGUCAAAGCACUUAUGCUUCAGAGAUCAUUGAACGUGUUGGCAAGGCGUCUUGUAAACUAUCAACCACUCCAGUUGACACCAAGCAGAAACUUAGCACCUCCUCCGACACUUCUUAUGAGGAUCCCUUCUUUUAUCGGAGUCUUCCAGGGGCCCUACAGUAUCUCACCUUCACUCAACCUCAUAUAUCAUAUGUUGUUCAACAAGUUUGUCUUCACAUGCAUGCCCCUUGCACGAAACACAUGAUUGCUCUUAAGCGCAUCUUGUGUUAUGUUCAUGGCACCUUACAUUUUGGACUACACUUAUCUCCAUCUCCCAUUAUAAAGCUUAUCUCCUACACUGAGGCUGAUUGGGGUGGAUGUCCUGACACCAGACGUUCUACAUCUGGUUAUUGUGUUUUUCUAGGUGACAACCUUAUUUCUUGGUCUUCCAAAAGGCAGCCAACUCUCUCCUGUUCCAAUGCUGAAGCCGAAUAUAUGGGGGUUGCCAAUGUUGUCUCCGAAUCGUGUUGGAUUCACAAUCUUCUCAUGGAACUUAAUUUUCCUAUUCCUCAUGCCACUUUGAUGUAUUGUGACAAUGUUAGUGUCAUCUAUUUAUCUGGUAAUCCUGUGCAGCAUCAACGCACUAAGCAUAUUAAGAUGUACAUUCAUUUUGUUCGGGAAAAAGGUGAAGAAAAAAUAUAUUUAAGUUAUGAUAGUUUGUAUUUAUCCAAUUUAGAGAUUGUUAUAGCCGAUGACAUUCACACUAGACUUAUGGACACAAUUAAUAAUUAUGGACUUCCAAAGCACAAGUUAAAAUUUAAAUUCGGGGUACUAGUAAUGUUAUUAAGAAAUAUUGAUCAGUCUUUAGGAUUGUCCAAUGGAACUCGACCGAUAAUCACCAAGAUGGGAGAAUACGUUGUUGAAGGAAAGGUUAUCUAA